AUGGAUCGAGGUUCUCACCUACCUGCGGCAGCUCCAGAGGGCUCAACUACCAAGCACGAGAAUUCAGUGACGGCGGAACAGCCUUUGUAUUCGAUAUACUCGCAACGUCAAAAGAACUUCAUAGUAUUCAUGUCGGGGCUGGGAGGCUUCUUCUCGCCGCUGUCCGCCAAUACAUACCUUCCAAGUAUUCCCGUUCUCGCCAGCUCACUCAACGUGUCGACUUCCUUGAUCAAUCUCACUGUAACCGCAUUCCUAAUUUUCCAGGGGCUGGCUCCAUCUUUUUACGGAGAUCUCGCGGACAUGGCCGGCCGACGUCCCGCAUACCUCGUCUCAUUUGUCAUCUACAUUGCUGCAAACAUAGGUCUUGCACUUCAGUCCUCGUAUCCAGCACUUUUCAUCUUACGCUGUCUGCAGAGCUCUGGGUCAGGCGGUACGUAUGCCCUAAAUAGUGGGGUGAUCGCAGAUAUAUCAACGACAGCCGAGCGCGGAAAAUACAUGGGCGCUGCGCAAAGUGGCAUCAUGCUCGGACCGGCAAUUGGACCCAUUCUUGGUGGCCUACUCGCUGAGUAUCUUGGGUGGAGAUCCAUCUUCUGGUUUCUCACUAUAUGUGGUGGAGUAUAUCUCCUGGUAUUCGCUGUCGCCGUUCCAGAGACUGGGCGCAAAGUUGUCGGGAACGGGUCUGUUCCCCCAGCCACUUGGUGGAGUCGCUCCGUGCUGAACGAGUUGGCCCGGCGGAAGGCUUUACGAGAAACUCCAAACCUCGUUGGAACGAGCGACAAACUACCGGCUCGUCAAAAGUUGCGAUUCCCAAAUCCACUAAAAGCUCUUUUAAUCAUUGGAGAGAAAGACUGCGCCGUGAUUCUUUUGUAUAAUGCCAUCAUCUAUGCGUCAUGGUACACUGUGACCGCGAAUCUGUCCAAUCUCCUCGAAGGGAUCUAUCAUCUCAACACCCUCCAAAUCGGACUGUGCUACGUACCGUUCGGUGUGGGUGCAGCACUCUCCAUCAUAGUCAACGGGCGGGUUCAGGACUGGAAUUAUGCUCGUGUUGCACGCGCCAACGGUUUCACAAUUGACAAGAAGCGUGGUGAUGAUCUGGCCAAGUUCCCUAUCGAAAAGGCCCGAAUCGAUAUCGUAUGGCCAUUUGUAUACGUAGGCUCCCUGGCGGCGAUAGGCUUCGGCUGGGCAGCGCAGAGGGAGGUACACCUCUCUGCGCUCCUGAUUCUAACGUUUUUGAUGGCGCUUUUUCUCACGGCGUGCUACAAUAGCAUGAAUCUUUUGCUGGUGGACCUGUACCCUAAUUCACCAUCCACGGCGUCUGCCGCAAACAACUUGACUCGAUGCCUCAUGGCAGCCGGAGGGUCAGCAGUUAUUGAACCUAUGAUUCAUGCUAUCGGGUUGGGGUGGGCGUAUACUCUCAUAGGCCUGUUGAGCAUUGCACUGAGCCCAAUGCUUUAUAUUGUCACUAGAUAUGGACCGAGAUGGAGAGAGGAGCGCAGGGUGAGGCUCGCAAGAAGGAAAACCGAGAAAGAGCAAAAUGUUGAAGUAAAAUGCUGA